CAGCUACAUGACACCUCCGCUUCUCCUCACUGACCCUGUCAGGCAGCACACCGGAGGUAGCGAGCUGUGGAAGAGUUUGUUCACCAUAACACGAGUUAUUGUAACUUAAUUGUGUGAAGAGUCUGGGCUCUGCGGACAAGAAGGAAUCGCUGCAGAAAAGGACCUCCUCACCCAGGAUGAAUCAGCAGGUCAGGGACCUUCAGCUGGCUCACGGGAGGAGGCUGGUCUCUCCGUCCUCCCCAAACGCAGCAAAGAGGCUGUACAGAAACCUGUCGGGAAAGUUCAAGGUUAAUUACACCUCCUUCGACGAGACAAGUUUAUUGGGAAGAAAUGAGAAGAACAAGCAGCGCAAGUCCUGUCUAAAUUUCCAGAGCAAUGAGGCAGUGUUUGAGGCAGUGGAACAGCAGGACCUUGAUGCUGUGCAGAUGCUUCUCAAGCUGUACACGACAGAGGAGCUGGACCUGAACACUCCCAACAGUGAGGGUCUGAUGCCUCUGGACAUUGCCAUCAUGACCAACAACGUACCCAUGGCAAAGCUGCUUCUCCAGGCUGGAGCAAAGGAGAGCCCACACUUUGUCAGUCUGGAGAGUCGGGCUGUACACUUGGCCACACUUGUGCGAGAGUCCGAGCAGCGUGUGAGUGAACUAACCACACAAGUAGUGAACGAGGCACCAAGCACAGACUGCGCGGAGAAGGAGAAGCAGCUCAAGGCCUGGGAGUGGCAUAACCGACUCUUCAAACGGAUGCAAACUGGCUUCGAACAUGCACGGGCCCCUGAUGCACCAGUUCAGGUCCGGUUGUCCAUUGCCAGCAGCACCUCAUUACAGGUGACUUUCCAGGAACCUCUGAGCGUCAAUUCUGCGGUGGUCACGAAAUACAGAGUUGAGUGGAGCACGUCUGAUAACUUCAGCCCCAUAACGGGAGAGACCACUCUGGAUGGGAUAAAGACUCUGAGCUGUACAAUCCCAGGGCUGGUCACAGGCCGGUUGUAUUAUGUCCGAGUGUCUGCGUACAACAUGAAGGGCUGGGGUCCCCCACAGAACUCCUCGCCACCAUGUGCUGCCCCUUCCAACUGGGGAGACUCCGUUAACAAGGAAUCGAAACAUCAGCAGAGGCUGGAGGCCUUGGAGCGGCUGCUGAAUCAGGUGAAGAGCCACCACCAGCAGUGCCCGUGUCAUGAAAAUGCAAAGGUCCACCUCCCGGGACGGAAGCACUCAAUGUCCAAGAGCCUCAAACACCUGUUUCAGCCCACGAGCAAAUUUGUCAAAAGCCUCAAAAGAGGCUUGUACCUGGCCGCCAUACUGUUCAAAGAUGAUGAUGUUGUUGUCACACAUGAGGAGCAGGUUCCUGUGGUCGACGUGGAUGACUCGUACUCCAGCUCUCUGAUGCAAGACUUCCUUUGGUUCAUGAAGGUCUCGUACAUGUGGGAAGUCAGCCGCUGGCUCGGUCAGUGCAUGAGUCCCUCCUCCUCAUCCUGCUCACCUGUACUCCAAGCUCGUCAGAAGAUGCUUGUAGCUGUUGCUCAACUGCAGGGGUUGCUUGGAACCCAGGACCUUGGCCAGCUGUACUUUGAACCCAUCAAGGACAAGCAGGGGAAUGUUCUGAUUGUGACCUUGAGGGAACUGAGCUCCCACCAGAGCCUGGAGAACGUCAGGUGGAUUCCCCUGGCCAAGAUUCAGACCCAGCGCAAGUCACUCUCCGCAGAUGAGCCCACGGCGCUGGACAUACUGCUGUCAACUCUGCACGAGAAGCUGGCGUACCACAGGCAGAGCCACGAGUUUCUGGCCCCUGGACUUUACCUCGGCUACUUGAAGCUCAGCAGUUCUGUCGACCAGAUUCGGGUCCUUGUGUCCCAGAAGCUUCCCAAUAUCCUGUGUCAUGUCAAGAUCAGGAACAACCACAAUGUUUCCAGGGACGAGUGGGAGUGGCUCCAGAAACUGACAGGGUUAGAUGAGCCCACCCCCUCAGAUCCAUGUGAGGAGACUCCACAGAGACUGUUCCAGCAGGAGCUCAGGGCAGCCAUCCCUGAGCUGGUGAAGCACAUUGCCCUUCCCCUGCAGCAGGUGAAGGAGUUCCGGCUCUACAGUCAGGAGGUGUUGGAGUUUGCCAGUGAUUUAUCCUUCCUUCUGCUGCUACCUCCCUCCGAGGACGUGUGCACAGCACCCGGGCAGAACACCCUCAGCCCUCACUCAGGGCUGCUCACUCUGCCCCUGCAGAGCUUUGAACUGGUUCAUUUCUUCACUUACGACAAGCCAUUCAUCAGCCAAUACUGCCAAGUGUCAGCACUGCUGGAAUUGGACCUGCUCCUCUCCCAACAGGCACUGCGUGAGGCUUUCUCUGAUUCUGAGGUGGUAGCAGCUAAACAGAGGAAUCAGCAAGUCCAGGACUUUAUUCAGAAAAUGGAGGAGAUUUGGCGGGAGGUGCGCUGGAUAAUGGACGUUCUGCAGUAUGCCAGGUACAAACAGCCUCCGGGGGGCAUUCCACUGAGCUGGCUGCUCGACUUCACCAGAGACAGAAAGAAGGCAGACCUGCAAACCACUUCCACCAGUCCUGAUUACCUGCCAUCACCCAGCCCCUCUCCAGAGACCAAGCACAGACAUCUCACCCUUCGAACGGGUUCCCCUACUGCAGCAGAUGAAGAAGGUUCCUCAGAGGUAUUUCUAGCCACAUCCAGUGAUCAUGAUUCCAGAGAGAGCCCCAGAGAGCUGGACCUCAUCCCCUCCUCCUCUGGUAACAGCAGCAGAAGACUCAGCCUCAACCUGCAGGAUGGUGCUCCGGAUGUCCUCAGGGCACAUGGGCCCCAGUCACAGCUACUGAGCAGUGGCCACCAGGACGCCAGACAUCUGCCGCUCUACGACAGUGACUUUGUUCUCCCAAGCCGGCAGCUUGAGCUUUUGCACGUUACUGAGAAAAGACAGGCCUACUGUGUCCGAACGAGCAGCCUUGACAUCCCAUCUCAACCCUUCCAUAUUCAGAGGAGAUGUUGGUCUCGACCUGAGUCGCUGCAUGAAUAUCCAACAGAACAAAAGACAAAUGGCUCAAGUACGAGCAGACAUUGGCUCAGCAAGGCCCACAGUCCGGAUGCCACCCUACACUCUGGAAGUACUUCCGAACCACAGGAUCCCACAGAAUGGAUUAACCACCUGCAGAACUCUCCAGAGAAGGUGACACAACCCAAGGGGGCCCAACAGCUCAACACUGUCAGUUUAAGUGUUUACCCCCAGUACCAAACAGGAUUGUCCAAGGAGAUAAGUGUCAAGCUGUGUGUCAGUAGCAGCACAUCUGCACGGGAGAUUGUGAGGUUGGUGAUAAGGGAGACGAAUGAGGCAGUGAAGAGGAUGAGUGGAAGGCCAGAAGCCCUGCUUUACAGAGAAGACCAGCUGGAACACUUUGGCCUGGUCUUGUCCAUGGACAACACGGAGAAGUGGUUGCAGGAUGACUUUGUGCCCCUCUCACUGCAGAAUCCCUGGACCAAGGGCCAGUUAUGUGUUCGCAUGAGGGAGUGUUCCCCACUGCUAGCUCAGCAGGGGAAAGGAAUAACCGUUGUUUGUGUCACAGCCUCAGUGGGAUUUUGGCUCUUCCAGUCAUUCCAGCUUCCCCACAGCAGCUUGGUGAAGGCAGGACCAAACGCAGGUCCCGACACCAGGACCAAACACGGGUCCCGACACCAGGACCAAACACGGGUCCCGACACCAGGACCAAACACCAGGACCAAACACAGGACCCAAGACCAGGACCAAACAUAG